UGAGUUUUCAAAAUUGAAUUUAGCCUCGGUCGAGGCUUAAUCUGUGUCCGCGAAACCGACCCAUAUUGUCGCUGCUAUUCAGCCGUUACUGGGUGAUUGUGUGGCACCCACCGGCGUCUCCACAGCGCUCGUGCAGUGAGGUCUGGAAGGGGGAGGAGCUGCUGUUGCCAGGAGGCAGAGAAGGAUGCGCUCGCCAGUGUGUGCAGCCUCGCUAUAGGCAAGCUCUCCGCUAUCACUGUACCACUCUCUGUCUCCGACAGAAAUCAUGUCCCCGUUUCCUCAUUAAAAAUAUUAAUUCACCGUGUAGCGGUACACACCACAUUGCACCGCUUUUGUCUGCGUGGUGCCGUGCAUAGCGUUUUUGCCAUGUUAGAGCGCGUGUAUUUCAGCCGUUUGAUUUGCGGUUCGGUAGCGGGGCGUUAUUGUUUGUAUUUAUAUUUAAUUUCUCUCCGUUUGCCGCGCGUGGUCUCCGGAAAACAAGCGCAUGGAGAGGACCGGUGGCCGGACCACCGGACGCAGAAAUUAGACCACAUAGAGAAAUAUGAAGUAACUUACCCGCGGUGGAUAUCCCCGGAACAGAGCCGAUCUUCUUUCUCCGACAAGGUCAACUCUUAUCAGCACCCCCUGCAGGCGGAGGUGGGGAUUACGGCGGAGGGCAGGGAGCUGGUCCUUCAGCUGGAGCAGAACGAGCAGCUGUUUGCCCCCGGAUUUAAGGAGACUUGGUACAGUCCAAGCGGAGUGCGCCACACCUCAUCCCCCCCCCGCCCUGAGAACUGUUUUUACCAUGGUGUGGUCCGCGGAGACGAGGCCUCCAGUGUGGCCAUCAGCACCUGCCAGGGACUCAGGGGCGUGAUCACAGUCAGCGGGAACGUGAGCUACCUCAUCGAGCCUCUGGCCAAUCAGACGGAGCCGGGCGGGCACGCUCUGUACCGCGCAGAGAGCCUGAAGCUGCGGCGGGGGACGUGUGGGCAUCGCCAUGGAAACCAGGAGGCCGGACUGGAUGACCUCAUCAGCGUGAUGACGCAAUCGCACCCGGGCAGCAGGGGAAGGAGGGACAUCAGUCAGAACAUGAAGUACGUGGAGCUCUUACUGGUGGCAGACAACGCGGAGUUCCGGAAACACGGGCGGGACUAUGAGAAGACCAAGAUGAAGCUGCUGGAGGCUGCAAACUAUGUGGACAAGUACUACAAGGCGCUGAAGAUCCGGGUGGCUCUGAUUGGGCUGGAGGUCUGGACGGCGCAGGACUGGAUCAGCGUGACGGAGAACCCGUACAGCACCCUGGGGGCCUUCCUCACCUGGAGACGCAACCAGCUCCCACACCUGCCCAACGACAACGCCCAGCUCGUCACGGGCGUGUCAUUCCAAGGGACCACAAUCGGAUUGGCUCCCCUCAAGGCCAUGUGCUCAGAGUACCAAUCAGGAGGCGUGAACUCGGACCACUCGGACAGUGCUGUGGGUGUGGCUGCCACCAUGGCCCAUGAGAUGGGGCACAAUUUCGGGAUGAACCACGACACGGCGGGCUGCUGCUACACCCACCCCGAGGAGGGGGGCUGCAUCAUGGCGGCCGCCACCGGGCACCCCUUCCCGCGCGUGUUUAACCGCUGUAAUGAGAAGGAGCUGCAGCGCUACCUGGGCUGGGGGGGCAAGUGCCUGUUCAACCCCCCCAACACCCGCACCAUGUACGGUGGCCAUCGCUGCGGCAACGGCUACCUGGAGGAGGGCGAGGAGUGCGACUGUGGGGAGGAAGAGAUUCAUCACUCUCUCUAUCUUUCAUUCCCUCCCUCUAUUCUCUCUCACACACUCUCUCCCUCCUCCCUCUCUCUCUCUCUCUCCCUCACUCCCCCCUCUCUCUCUCUCUCUUUCUCUCUCUCGUUCUCUCAGAUCUGUUUUGGAGGAGAGUGCAGGAACGCCUCCUUCCUGCAGGCGGAUGAGUGUAACACCAGGUGUCACGGCCACGGGCUGUGCAACAACAAUCAGCACUGCCACUGUGACGCGGGCUGGGCCCCGCCCUCUUGCAGCCAGGUGGGCACAGGUGGCAGUGUGGACAGCGGACCAGUACCUGCGCAGAGCAGUCUACUUCCUGUUCUGUUGCUCCUCCCCCUGCUCCUCCUCCUGGGAUUGGCUGCUGUGGCUCUGUGGUGUUGUCAUAAGCACAGGUCCCGCCCCCAGAAGAGCCCCGCCCCUCCUCCACCACCCAUCUCCGCCCCCGUCAGUGCCAAAACCCCGCCCGCCGGCCACGCUAACCCCGCCUUCCAGCUGAAGAGACAGGACUCUGAUAGGCUGGCGGGGGCGAGGCAGAGCCCAGGUGGCCCCCCCAGGAGCAGGCAGUUGAUCGUGCGCCCCACGGUGAAGCCCCCCCCCGUCCCUGCGUACGUUGCAGCUCAGCAGAGCCCCCCGCCACCCCACCCGCCCCCCACCCCCAAACCCUCGCCCCUCAUCGCCGGGAAACCGCGCCCAGCCCCCCCCAGCCGACCCCCACCCCCCUGCCCCCAGGCCAAACACAGCCAGGAACCACAGAGUAAGAGCACUCCUCAGGGACCCACAGGACCGGCUCACAGCAGCCCUCUGCUGAGCCAGAAGAAACCACUGCUGCCCCCUACUGGACAUACUCAGAACGCCAGGUUUCAGAGAGAAGUCAGAGGGGCAAGCUGAGCACCAGCCUCCAGCCCCGUGGAAUCAUGGGUACUGACCUUUGUGCACAGGUCAUUCGGGCAGAGAAAGGUGACAUCAUCUCAGACCAACAUGAGAGAGACUCCCUCACCUAAUGCUCUGUCUUAUCUACUUGAAUUCAGAAGUGGGUGUACACUUGUAUUAUUUAAUUCUUGAAUCCUAAGAUCUGUGGAUUCUUCACGAGUUUCCCGUCUCAGUUAGUCACCUGUUGGCACUAUGUGUGUCCUGAAGCUUGUUCUGAAGGUGUAAAGAAGGAAGAGCUCUCUAUAUUCUGGUACUGUGUUUUUAAAGCAUGAGUCUAUAAAUGUCUUAUAUUAAGAAAAUGCCAUGCGUAGAAAUAUGACUGCACGACUUACUAUUGGGUGUGAAUAGUAGGAACCCAGCAAAAGGAAAAUGUUACUGAAACGUUUAGUCAAUGCCACAACGUUGUGAGAACGUUUUGGUAGACCUCCCUCGUGUAGAUUUAUGCAGAAAAGUGUGAAUGCAGAGUCCCCAUGCAUGCAGUAUACUUCUGUCUGAGACGAGAAGCAGGAUAUCUCUCCCUAACAAGCAAUACCUUGCUGGCUUUUAAGUAGAAUGGAAAGUUGUUUGUGAAUUUAUCUCGCGUACGUUUUUAUUGAUGUUUAUUUUGACAGCCAUGUCUCUGGACAGCUGCGCUGCCCAUCCAAUCAAAUCCAGCUCUGACCAGUGCGAUCGUCUCGGCGCAGGAUCGAUUGCGGUGCUAAAACUCUCGUUUUUAUGCGUUGUUCGUUCCAGGUGUAACAAGACCAGAACAUAUUGCUUGAACUUACCAUUUCUGUCCAGAAGCGGGCGCCAUAUAUGCACUGACGAGAGAUAGCACCUGCCUGCUCACUUUAAAAUGAGGAUCGUUUCAGAGUCAUUUUACCCUUCUUUCGCAUAAUGGUUUUUCGUGGGGAUCAUUUUAAAUUCCCAAACCCAGGUUUAAGAUUUCCACGAUUAACUAGCUUCUAACAUUCUGCUCCUCUGUGCCAUUCACACGAUUGCCAUUCAAACCGGAACCAAAGUGUCAUUCUAUAAUCUGAUUUACAGUAACCCAAACUCUGCGCCUGUAAAACAUAGUUGUAAAACCAAUUCAUUACAUUAAUGGCAAUUCUUCCUCAUUAUAUAAAUGCAACUGUGCCGGUAAGCAAGCAAAACAAAACUGGUCUAUAGAAACUGAUUUAUCAAACCAGUUUACGGUUUUACUGCCACUUUAGUUUAAUUUAUGCAAUAUAAGUGCACAUAUUAAAUGGUAGAUAUUAUUAGUUACUGGAAUGGGUAGAAACAAACAGGUUAGCUGGGCCUCAAGAGCUAGCAGCUCAAAGCCGUUGUGCCAAACGACCGCGAAGGUUAGUCCCAGUUUUCAUUUGUGCAUUCACUCAUUUUCGGACGCCGUGGUUUUUCCUUUUUAAUUUAAAAUGUUUGUCUGUAUGUCUUUCGGUGCAUAUUAACGGGUCAGAUUUUUUGCCGUGCACUUUUGACAAGAACAGGAAAGGGACAGCAGCUUCUCUGCGUAGCAACAGGGUUAUGAAAAGCAGGUUCAUAAUCACCGAUCUGCGAUCAGCAGGUUCCGAUUCUUGCGCACUCAGAAAGAGAAUGCCCAUUGAAUUCUUUCUUUAGUAAAACAUUCAUAUUUUCCGUCGUUGAUAAUGUGAAAUAGACAUGUUCUUAUUCUAUGCAAGAGACAUGCUCUAAUAUUUGUGUUAUUACUAUGUAUAUAUAAAUGAACCAUGAUAGAUUAUGUAUGUAUACACUGUAAUUAUUGAGCAAAGUAAUCUAAUAUUUGUGUUAACAUACAGUAUAUGUCAAUACUUUUGUGAUCAGUUAUAUGUGGAGGUUAAUGCUACUAGCUGGAUGAGGAGUUCUGGAAUCUGAUGCUCGGGAAAUGGCUGAUAUUUUACUAACACGAUAAUCAUGUUUUUAUGAUUGUUUGUGCUGUAUGUGCAGGACUGCAUCGUGCAGAACAACGUUGUUUAAACCGUGAGCUCCGGACCUAUGCAAAAACAGCCUGUCUGGUGCCUCGUGCCUUCUGUAUUUAAAUAAGAAUAAACUUUCAAAGUCAA